UGUUAUUUUUUUUCAAUUUGGGUACUGUUUAUUAGUUGAUUUGUUUUAGUUUUUGUCUCCUUAUUUGAUAAAAUAGUACGCGCCAAACAAUGAGCCUGUUCUGAACACGAGGCGUAUGGCUGCGCCGGUAUAAUUGAACAUAACCCAGUGGGAUUAAAGCUGCGCAGUUCGGCGCGUCACAAUAUCAGAGCGAACUUGAAGUUUGGCUCAUACUAUGCCUAUCUCAUCAUAAUCUUGAUUUUGAUUUAUUUAUAUUUCCCUUAGAAGAAGUAAGUACUUUUUUCUUGAACGAUAUUGAUUUCCCAUUCUGUUCUGAUAUAAUGUUUGUAAAUUUUUGUAUCGACGUUGUUCAUGAGUGCGUGCUAAAAACAAACAAACUAGCAUUUGCGUUUUAUAUAAAUAGGAUGUGUGCACUCAGCUUAAUAACUGGUAACUAUUUCACAGAGUAUAAUAUGCCAAAUUCUUUAAUUACAUUCUUACUGUCAUUUCCGCUUUAUAAAAUUGAAUUUAGUCUGUGGUAUUGAAAAUCGCUUUUGUCUUGUUCCGUCUUGAAAAUUUCUCGCAUGUUUAUUUUGUUUUUUAUUAUUGAGAUAUUAGCUUGUAAUUAAAAUGAAAUUAUACGUUUGAGUUACUCCAACAUAAUAAAUUUUAAGAAUAUUGCAGUAAAUCAUGUAUCGCAAUACAGUAGUGUUAAGCCAGCCACACAAUGGAGGAACAGGCGUGUCUGGUGCGCGCGCGCUCAGACUCUGAGAGCUCGUCCAAGCUGGGCAGCUUUGGCUCGCUGUCGCAGUCCUACACCAUGACAUACAACCAGGGGAAACUUAAUGUGCCCGGUCCCGAAGCGUCAGGCGAUCCCGGCCACGCCGGCAACAUGGCGAGCGCUCCGCAAGACAAUGCGGACAGCAACGAGAGCGGCGAGCUCUUGGACUAUAACGACUCUAGUGUUCUCGAGCAGUUCCACGAAGAUGCUCUGCGACAAGCUGGUUGCGGCUUAUCCCAGCUGAAGGUAUACGUGGCGGUGGGGCUGGCGGUGGCCGGGGCUUCCCUGGAGCUCGCCUCCAUAGCCUUCGUGUUGCCAUCAGCGGAAAUCGAACUGUGUAUCCUUCCUCAUGAGAAAAAUUGGCUCGUGUUAAUCACAAUAAUGGGCUGGUCGCUCGGCGGGGUCGGGUGGGGCGCGCUGGCAGAGCGCGGCGGGCGGCGGCGCGCGCUUCACUCCGCGCUCGCUGUCAACGCGGUGUUCGCCACCAUCGCCGCCUUCAUGCCCACCUACGGCACCUUCAUGAUGGCGAGAUUCUGUUCGGCCAUCGGGUCCGGCGGCAUCAUAUCGACGGGGUUCACGUACGCGGCGGAGGUGGCGGCGCGCGGCUACCGCACGGCGCUGCUGGCCACGCUGCCCGCCAGCAUGGGCGCCGGGAUACUGCUGUCCGCCGGCCUGGCGCAGGCCAUCCUGCCCAGCACCGGGCCCGAGGCGCUGGUGGAGAACAAGGAGCACUUCAGCGCUUGGCACAGAUAUCUCCUCCUGUGCACGUUGCCGAUCAUAGCGUCUCUUAUAAGCCUCAUAUGGACGCCAGAGUCUCCUCGAUACUUGCUAGAUGUCGGGAGAGAGGUCGACGCUAUGAUGGUUUAUCAAAGCAUUCACAGCGGCAACCAGACGCGCAUAUGCGGGCGCAAAGCGGCACUGUCGGGCGAGGCGGACUACCGGCUGGGCGAGCUUUCGCUGCCGGGAAAGCGGCGCCCGCCCGCCCUGCACCACGUGCGACACAGCGUCAAGAUGUUCUGGCAGGCGUUCUUCCAGCUGUUCUCCAGUACGUACAGGAACACUACACUGUCUCUGGGCGGCAUGCUGGUGUUUGCCGUCGCUAUACAAUGCUACCUGUCACUGUACGUUCCUGCCGAGGUGGCCAACAUCGACAACCGCCAAUACGACACGUCGAAGAAAAUCAUCACGAACAUAACCUACGACAACGUCAACUACAACGAGACCCUCGAGAACGCGAACUACAUCGACGUGACGUUCACCAACUGCACGUUCCGCGACAUCCUCAUGUCGCACGUCGAGUUCGUCAACUGCACGUUCGUGGGCACGGCGCUGGCGAACAUCAAGACCUCGUACACCGUGUUCCGAGCGUGCGCGUUCUACAACAGCAACAUCAUCGACACGGACAUGGAGCCGGGGCGCGAGCUGGUGCAGUGCGCGCUGAACGGCACGACGGUGCGCGGCAUGCGCGGCGUGUGCGCGCGGCACGCCGACCUGCGCUGGUCGCAGCGCGGCCGGCUCGCCGAGCGCACGCUCGCCGCGCACGCCGCGCUGUUCGCCGCGCCGCUGCUCGUGCCCAGGAGGCUGCAGAAGCCGCCUGCUCCCGUGGCAAUAUGCGCGCUGCUGAUAUUGCUGUCCCCUUCUAUUUACUUCGCACAGAGCGAGAUGGCGCUAUACAUUGUGGAGGCAGUCUAUGGAUUGAUCAUCAUUGUAAUAUUCUUCGGCGUGGGAGUCAAGAUCGUUGACACGUAUCCUGCUAAUUUGAGGUGCACAGCACACGGCUUGAUCCUCUCCAUAGCGUAUAUGGUGGGCGCGGCUGUACGCGGCAUGAGCGAAUACUCGCCCCCACUGUUGAGCGCGCUGCUCUGCGCCUACUUCGCUAUCAUGGCCACCGGGAUAGCCACCAGACUGCGGUAAAUAGACAAGUGCGUAAACAUCAUGUUUGUUAGAAAGAGACCAGUGUGUGAAAGUCAUGCUUGUUAAAAUGUGACCAGUGUGUAAAAGUCAUAUUUGUUACAAUGUGACCAGUGUGUAAAAGUCAUAUUUGUCAAAAAAGACCGGAGUGUAAAAGUCAUGCUUGUUAAAAUGUGACCAGUGUGUAAAAGUCAUGUUUGUCAAAAAAGACCAGAGUGUAAAAGUUAUAAUUGUUACAAUGUGACCAGUGUUAAAGUCAUAUUUGUCAAAAAAGACCAGAGUGUUCAAGCAGACAAGAAAGUCAUGCUUGUUAAAAUGUGACCAGUGUGUAAAAGUCAUGCUUGUUACAAUGUGACCAGUGUGUAAAAGUCAUAUUUGUUAAAGUGUGACCAGUGUGUCAAAGUCAUGCUUUGUUAAAAAGAGACAGUGCGUAAAAAUCAUAUUUGUUACAAUGUGACCAGUGUGUAAAACUCAAACUUGUUAAAAUGUGACCAGUGUGUCAAAGUCAUGCUUUGUUAAAAAGAGACAGUGCGUAAAAAUCAUGUUUGUUAGAAAAAGACAGUGUGUAAAAAUUUCGAGAAGUAAAAGUAAUGCUAUUAAGUGAUACAGAAAUAAUCCGGUUUUCCCCCUGAAUUUAUUUAGUUUUAGAUUAGACUUAAUGAAUUUAUCGAUGUACCAGGGACACAUGAACGUCGAAAGUUAUUUUGAAAAGGUUUGAUAAAUUCAGUGAGAUUUUCAAAAGAAAUUCCCACGUUCACUUGAAUUCCUUUUGUUUUUUUAAAAAUUGAUUUCGCCUAGUUGCUGAAUUUAACCAAAAUAAACAAAAGAUUUCGUCAUUCAAUAUGGCUAAUUUUGUACAAUCUAUGAGAGCUAUUGUAUGAGUAAGCAAUUUAUGUACGGAACAAAUAUACAUAGAAUAAAAUUGUAUGUUCCCCCAGGUAAACCUUAGUUUACAUAUAUUUCAUAAAAUAAUUUUUAAAUACGGCUGAUGAUACUAGGCUCGCAAAUAUCUCAGGAGGUCAAAAUAUGGAUAGUGUAGAUAAGCACCCUAAAUAUUCCAUAGAUUAUAUUGUUAUGAUUAUGUUGUAGCUCGGAGUGUGUUAGAAAGAAAUUGAGACAUGUGAAUAUGUUAUAAUGCGACACAAAAGAGUAGAAAAUAAAUGAGGGCGCUGUAGUCACUUUUUGUCGUUCAUAGGGUAACACUUUGUUCUGUCAUCCACUUUGACUGCAACUACCUUGAUACUUGAUAAUAAUUGAUAUUUUUUUCUAUACAUACAUCAAUCUCCUAUUAAUAAGUGGAUGCACAAUCAGCGACCAAAAAACGUUCUUACUCAAUGAGUGCCAAACACAUACUUCUUGGCACUCAAUUCAAGUAGUCGCAUUUGCAAAUUUAACCUUAAACUCAAUACUUAUGGUUGAAUUUGCUCUGAAUUUGGGAUUUUAUUGAAUAUUGACUAUUUAUUAAAGGCCUUUAGAUAUAAUUUUCUUUACCAGUAACUGUUAAAGCAAAAUUGGCCAGUUUACAAGUGAAAUUUUCUACAUGAUUGUGCGUCCUUUUAAUAUAAGAGGUCAAUGUAUACAUAGGUAAUAUUAUGUUCUUAUUUUAAAUUUUAAACAAGACGAUAUUAUGUUGAAAAUAAUAUUAUUAUCUAAUAUUACUGUUCCACAUGACAAUCUGGUUAUAACCGAAAAGGAAAAAGUAUCAAAAUACUUGGACCUUGGUCACGAGAUUACCGCCAUGUGGAAUGUUAAGUCAACUAUUAUUGUUCCAAUAGUUGUUUCAGUCAAUGGUCUUAUAGCGAAAAGAUUCGACCAACACCAUAAGAAGCUUUCACUUAACUGUUGGAUUAAGAGUCGGGUAUAGAAGGCAGUGAUUCUUGAGACGGCGCGUAUUAUGAGGAGCUUUCUCAUUCUGGAGCCCUUACCACUGGUUGCUUGGGCACUCAAAUGUCCUGUGGGGGUUUUUUUUAAAUUUUUAAUAUUUUGUAUUAACAUUGUUAAAAAUUAUUAUCUAAUAUAAAUAAAUUAUAAAUAUAUUUGGAAAAUACUAUCUAACCCCGAAGUAAGCAUUAUGUGUUAAUUGUACUAAGAUAGCUGAUUUCAUAAUUUACAAUUGUUAAAUUUAAACAAAUUCAAGUCAAUCUCAUCUAAAUAAAUUUAUAUUUAUUGAUAUUUACCAAACUAAAUUAGUUUGCUAAUUAUCUGAAUUUCCUCUAUAAUUUAAAUAAUCUGUUGAAACCAUCAAUUGCUCUAUAAUUACAGUCAAAUAAUCUGAUGAAACUAUCAAUAAUGAUUGGUUGCUCUAUAAUUACAGAUCUUUGUGGUAAUGAUAGUAAAUAUGGUGUUGCCACAUAGCGAGUUUACUAGUAGUUAGUUUACCAUUUUUAUUAAUUUCUACUCUUUUAUAUUGCAUUAUACAUAAAAUCAAACAAAAGAAAAGUUAAUACGGCCUUUCAAAACCGUUUAGAGGCUGUAAUCUAAUUGUUGUAAAAAUAAAAAUGUAAAUAAUAUAAAAAUACGUAAUGUUAUAGACUUUUCGUAAAAGAUUCAUGAUGUAUAGAUUCACAAUGCAAUUUUUAAUAACAGCUAACUAAAAGAAUCAAUUAAAAUAAUAAUCAAAUCAAUUUAAAGUAUUUGUGGUCUAGUUUUACACACGAAUAUUUGUAUAUUACUGCAGUAAGAAAAUUACUCUAAACAAUUAUGUUCCUACUGUCAACAUUUAUAUUUCUUACUGUAGUAAAGAAACAUUUAUCUAGAAAAUUAAAAAAAAAAACAUUUUCAAAAGCAACCAUUUCAAUAAAUCAUUUACCAUUCGAUCAUGAAAUACUACAACUUUAUUAUGCCUUGAAGAUCUGGCAACGGGGAUGAUGACUAGGUUUGAAUAUAUUGAUUUGUUUGUGUUGACGUCAUUAGUUCGUACCAUCUUGUAUGGGGCGUUUUUCAGGGAUCCGUGGCAGUGUCGCAAAUCUGACCCUUUAAUUCCCUGUAGCUCCGAAAGUAAUGAUCGCAGAUACCCUGUUACUUUUAAAAAAUUGCUUUACUAUUAGCAUACUCUUAAUUUAUAUAAAAUUUAAAAAACUGUCAUCAUCCCUAUUGUGUGUGGCUUUUAGAAAACAAGCCUUGAAGUUUUAUCAGGACGGGACAUAUCUUGGACAGGGAUUGAAAGAAUAAUCAUGGUAGCAAAUUUUAGGCUCCUUUGUAAAUAUUCAAAGUUUUCGUCGCAUGAAAGUGGAUAUCCACUGUCUUGUAACAAUUUAGUAUAAUAAUGGUGAAUCAAUUGAAACCAUAUACCAGGCUCACAUAAACCGAUUAUAUGUAAAACAGUUAGGCCGCCCGCAUUCACUCGUUUUCCGUGUUCGGAAAACCGUAUAUGCACGAAAUCAAUAUAAAAUAUAUACGCAAACGUACAUUAUUUUCGAACGAAAAAAAUUCCGCGCGUAUGUAACUCUCGCAUUCGACAAUAUAUACAUUCCGAAUGAAGAAAAAAAGUAAAGUCUGCGGUAGUCUCACGAACUCAAGGUGCUUGGAUGCCAUUGGAUCAGCUUCCACCUUCACACAGGAAAUAAAACUAUAAGAAAUUGUAAUUUAAUUGUUAUCAAUUGUAAAUUGUAAUACUGUAUGACUUUUUCAAAAGAGCAACUGUUGAGUUUCUUGCCGGUAUCUUCUCAGCAGAACCUGCCUUCCGAACCGGUGCUAGAAUCUUUACAAAUAGUCAACUGACGUGUCAAAAGUGCUUGUAAACUGAGCCUACUUGAAAUAAAUGAAAUUUGAAUUUGAAUUUUGAACUCCAAAAAUUCCAAAUCGAAAUUACGAAUUAGAAAAACGAAUACGGAAAACGAGUGUAUUCGGCGUGGCCGAAAUAAAACAAAUUAAAUGAAGAACUAAAUAAAUGUUCCGAUCAGUGAACUGAAUAGUUAGAGUAUGAAUAUGUUAAGGGCCGGUCAAACUGUAACUUUAGUUAUUGUCUUACUGUAUGUCAUAUUACAAAGACAAAACUUGGGAAUAAGCUAUAAUGAUAUAUGGGCACAUAAAGACGGAAUUAUAUUUGUCUGACGUGUCUUGUCGUGAUGCAUCAGAACAGAACCGGUAUCAUACAUUUUGUAUGGCAACCAAACCGGGAUCGUGUCUGAUACGACACAUCACGACAUGUCACAAUACAUAAGUGUAAACCUUGCCAUAUAAAAUGUAUGAUACAGAUUCUGUUCUGAUGUGUCACGACACGACACGUCAGACAAAUAUAAAUCAGACUAUAUUAAUCUAAACACUUGCCAGCACGUCACGACACGACACGACACGACACGUGGCGUUACGUCAGCCAAAUAUUAAUCCGCCCUUAUCAUUUUGGUGAAGUCGACCUUGAAUGAAUAUUUGUACUUUAACCAUUCGCUAUCUGAUGAAUUAUAUUAGCUAUUAGUAAUAAUUAUUAAUUAUUUUUUUUUAUAUAAAGGUAGAGUUGUUAAGGCUGAACAUAUCGUAAGGAGAGGGUGGAAAAUGGUUGUAAUCGAUUUUUUUUUUCAUUUUUAUUAUUAGUUAACAGAAAUUUCACGAAAAAUUAAAAAUUAUUGUCUAUUUGCCAAAAUGGUACUGGGCUUCUGGUACAAACGUAAACGACAGUAACGAGUUAUAAAAACUCGUUACUGAAACUCUGCUUGUGUGAACACAGACAAACUAUUAGCGCAAAACUGUACGAUGAGUAUAAAAUGGGCGGGAAUAAUUUAAAUUUUCGUGAAAUAAUACUAGGAGCACAUACGCAUUACUCAAACGAUAACUUGUUUGGACAAAACAAACCGGUAAACGAUCCUCAACACUACUGUGGCGUGCAUAAAUUUUUCAACUAGGGUAGGCAGUACACGUACAAUUUGUAUUGUAUUGAGCAAUUAUGGUGACAAUCAUGCACUAUAUUCUGCAUAACUAACAAAACAAAUUGAUAUCUAUAGAUUUCCAGUUUGCUUACCCUGUUAACUAUGCACGCCACUAGGCUGAUUCGGUAACGGCGAAUGUGCUCAUAGUAUAUGGAAUACGAGCCGCUAUGGUAUACAAUUCAUAGCAUUAUAUCUUAGAUGCCAUAUCUUAAGUGAUAUUCGUAAUAGACUGCUUAUAUUAUUAUUUCGUAAUAGGUUAAUAAAAAGACACUAUUAUAAUUUUUUAUUUAAUCAUUAAUAUUAAUUGAUUAUUUUUUCAUCACACUUUAAUUUUAGUAUAACAAAGAUGAAAGACUUCAACUAAAAAUAAUGUAGACAACUGUUAGGCAAACCACAAGAGGCAUAUAGAAACUAAAUGACACACUCACACCCAUUAUAAUAUAUUUGUAUGUUUUGUUUUUCCUCAUAAUAUGUUUUUGAAAGCAUGGGGAUGUCAAUAGAAAAAAAAAUACUGUGGACUCAAUCAAGGAUUUUUCAUAUAUUUGGUCAGGCUUCAACAGUGAUAUUUUAGUAUGGUCAUAUUUUUCUUGUCUUAAUUUAUAUUAAUCACCCCCACGGUAUAUACAUCAUAAUAAAAAACCAUGUUUAAAUAACAUGUUACAGUUCAUAACUGAUGUCAUUUUGUUAUAUAACAUUAACAACUUUACAUUAUUUAAAAUAAUGUGACUUGCCAUUUAAAAUUCUCAUUAAAUACUACCUAGUUAGUCAAAAAAAAACUCAAUAAUUAUCGUUUUUUUUGAUGAAAGAGAAAUAUUUGUAAUUUACUAAUUAUACCUACAGUGCUCGCCACGGAUCUUUGUGUUUGUGAAGUUAGCACAAAUUACGGUGCAAUGAACCGAUAACGGUACAAACGGCGCGGUCGGGGAGUGUUCGCGAUUGUACAAAUGCGUAUUACUCAUUUCGCAGCUAACUUCACAAACAUAAAGAUCCGUGGCGAGCAUUGUACUUUGAGGGUCAACUCUUAGGCAGCCUUAUAAAUAUGUCAUGACAACAGAUGAAAUAAAAAACUUCGUCUCUAAAUAAAGAAAAGACAAUAUAAUAAUAAUAACGUGCAAUAUUAAUUAAAAAUAUAUACUCAACAAGUAGUUGUUCAGUAAAACUUAAAAUUAUUUUUAUUUACUUUAACAAACAUAGGCAAUUUAUAAUUGAAAUAUUAUUAAUUAGACUGAAAAAGAACGCUUUAAAUUUUCAGUUUAUUUUUUUUUUUUAGUUAAAUCGAAAAUGAUUUUGUACACAAUCCUGUGUUAUGUUUAAAAUAAUAUUUAGGAAUUGAUAAAACAAUUAUGUUGUUUACACGGUUUUUUAGCAUAAAAUAUAGAUAACAUGAUUUCUUCAUACAUAUCGUAAGUUUAGUUUUAAAACAGAAAAUCGAUAUUUUAUACUGUUUCGUUAUAGUUAUUAUGAAACAGAUGUAUCUCUUGUAUAUUCCCUUCAAAUGAAAUUUUAUAAAUCAACAUAUUUAUUUAGUUUAAUUUUUUUAUUUCAAUUUAUGUUAUUAGUAAUACGUAUUGUACUAUUUACAAAAUUUUCACAUUAAAUAAAUAAAUUACUAUACCAUUAUGUAACAUAAGGCCCGAUUCUUUGUGACAUUUAUAUCGUAUAAUAUAUAGGUACGUUAUAAGACGGUGAAACAUGUAAUACGGUGAACACUAGCAAGACUGGUUGCUAAAUUCCUAAAUUCGGAAACAUAACCAUGGCUUAUAUUUACACUGUGUCGAUGUGACAUGUUUUAUUCUAACAUGCUAGUUAAACAUCACACGUUAUAUAACGUGUUACUUAAACAUCACAAGUUCAUAUAACAUGUUACUUAAACAUCACAUGUUAUAUAACGUGUUACUCAAACAUCACAAGUUUAUAUAACAUGUUACUCAAACACCACAUGUUAUAUAACGUGUUACUCAAACAUCACAAGUUUAUAUAACAUGUUACUCAAACACCACAUAUUAUAUAACGUGUUACUUAAACAUCACAAGUUUAUAUAACAUGUUACUCAAACAUCACAUGUUAUAUAAAGUGUUACUUAAACAUCACAAGUUUAUAUAACAUGUUAAUUAAACAUCACAUGUUAUAUAACAUAUUACUUGUUUUGUUCUUACCUCUACGGUAUAAAUGUCAGGGUGGUUUAAAUAUUCUAAAGGCUGCAGAAGCGAGAUGAAACUUUUUUUUAUUGUAACAAUAUAAGAAUCCCUUGUAAAUAAUGUAUGUACGUUCAUAUUUGCAAUACAUAAUAUGGUAUUUACCUAUCCUGAUAA